GGCCGCCAGGAGUCCGAGCUGCGGGGUGGCCCCGGGAGGAAGCCCCCGGGGCGGAGCGGGAGCCGCAGCGCAGGGCUGGUGGGGGGCGCAGGGGUCCGGGCGUCCGGGGGGUGGCUGCUCCACUCUCGGGCGGGGAGCAAGAUGCGCAAGCCCGACGGCAAGAUCGUGCUGCUGGGGGACAUGAACGUGGGCAAGACGUCGCUGCUGCAGCGCUACAUGGAGCGGCGCUUCCCCGACACGGUCAGCACGGUGGGCGGCGCCUUCUACCUGAAGCAGUGGCGCUCUUACAACCUGUCCAUCUGGGACACAGCAGGGCGGGAGCAGUUCCACGGCCUGGGGUCCAUGUACUGCCGGGGGGCCGUGGCCGUCAUCCUCACGUAUGAUGUCAAUCAGCUGCAGAGCCUGGUGGAGCUGGAGGACAGGUUCCUGGGCCUGACGGACACGGCCAGCAAGGACUGCCUCUUCGCCAUCGUGGGGACCAAAGUGGACCUGAGCAGCGAGGCGGGGGAGAGCCGGGAGCAGGUGGCCGCCGAGGGCGGGGCCCCAUCCAGGGCACCCAAGCAGGUGCGGCUUGAGGAUGCGGUGGCCCUGUACAAGAAGAUCCUCAGAUACAAGAUGAUGGAUGAGAGGGACGCGCCGGCCGCCGAACAGAUGUGCUUCGAGACCAGCGCCAAGACGGGCCACAACGUGGACCUGCUCUUCGAGACCUUGUUUGACAUGGUGGUGCCAGUGAUCCAUCACCAGAGGGCAGAGGGGCCGGCCCAGACCGUGGACAUUGCCAGCUCUGAGCCCGCCCGACGGACCAAGGCGGGCUGCUGCGCCUGAUCUGCCCCGGGAGCCCCAAGGGCAGGGCGAGCGGGUGGUGAUGGCUGUCUGUGGCGAGGAGCUGGGAACCC